AUGGAUGGCUGUCCUCCAGUAACUGAUGGAGAUCCUACAAAACAACAACAACGACAUUACUACCUUUUGUCAGAGCUACAGAUCUUAGCAAAAGAAUUACCGAGCUCUUUCCAACAACGCCUGUCCUACAACACACUGGGUGAUUUGGCACUGGCCCUCAUUGAUGGAACAGUUUAUGAGAUUGUGCAGGGACUCCUUGACAUUCAGCACCUGACAGAGAGAAAUCUCUACAGCCAAAGACAAAAGUUGCACUGUGAGCACCAAGCCCUCAAGCAAGAUAUAGCAAGGAAGCACAAAGAAUCCCUGCAGUCAUGCAAGUCUCACAACCUGGCAUUGCUCAGAUCAAAUCAGCAAGCAGAACAGGAGGCCCUGGAAAUUCGUGUGCGAGAAGAACAAAGAAUGAUGGAUAAGAAGAUAGUGUCCGAGAUUGACCAAAAAGUUACAGACCAACAGAAUACUCUGGAAAAGGCUGGAGUUCCUGGGUUUUUUAUCACCUCAAAUCCCCAGGAGCUGACUAUGCAAAUGAACUUACUUGAGUUAAUUCUGAAGCUUCAACAGAAGGAAUCUCAGUGUGGAUAUCUAUGA